AUGGCAGGCGACAACAAUGACGAUUCGAAACCACAGGUUCCCACCAUUCCUUCAUGGCAACAGGCGCUACCGCCUACAUCCUCACAGAGCAAAGUGGAAGACGAAGCUGGUGUGGCCACGCCAGAGACCGACCUCGAUCCUCUACAACAGGCUCGCCAUUUCCUACGGCAUGAAGAAGUGAAAGAUGCACCCAGAGAUCGCAAAGUCGCGUUCCUUGAGAAGAAGGGCAUACAGGCGAACGAGAUACAAAAGGUACUUGCCGAAGAGGGUAUUGCUCUCGCGGACGAUGCCUCAGAAGAUGGGAUGAAGACGAUACAUGACAGCACCGCCUCUUCGCCAGACACUUCAAUCAAGGCAUCCCCUACACAAACGUCUACAAGCUCCGCAACCACAUCUACACCUGCUGUUGGCGCUGCCACUCUCACACCAAAGCCCGACGUCGCCCCCGUAAUAACAUAUCCAGAGUUUUUGCUCAAGCCGCAGAAACCUCCACCACUCGUGACCGUCGACCGCCUUGUCACCGCCACGUACAUCGUUGCCGGUGUGUCUGCUCUCACUUGGGGCGCCUCCAGAUACCUCGUGGCGCCCAUGCUCGAAUCCCUCACCAGCGCACGACGUGACCUCGCGUCCUCAACUCUGACCUCAUUGCAUACCCUCAACACCAAACUAGAAUCCACAGUCUCUCACGUCCCCUAUAUUCCAUCUUUACAUGCUCAUAAAGAACCAUUCGACGAUACUGCCUCCAUCACAUCCUCGGACUCCGACCCCACCGAGCUCUUCCACCGCGAUUAUGGCACACAAACAUCUCCGCCCAAGUCGCGUUCUUCAUCCCUCUCCAGCACCUCGUCACCACUGUCCGCCUCCGCUUCUCAGACUGCGCGGCUCUUCAGCCUGCACACGUCCCUCUCCUCUCUCCUCUCAAGCACAAACACCACCUUCUCCUCAGACUCGCUAUCUACCACGAUCUCCGACAUGCAGUCCGUAGUCGACCGCAUCGAAUCCAACUCCCAACCCCUUUACACCUCCUACGACUACAAGACCAGCCCGGCGUUCAACACCAAUUCUCCGUCCUCUACUUCGACUUCAGCCUCGAGAUCUAAAACAGGAGCCAGUGGCAGCGAAAAGGAGUCACAAUCCGAAGCCGCCAAGUUCAAAGCCGAGAUCCGUGCACUAAAAGGUGCUUUUCUUAGCAGUCGCAACUUCCCCAGCGCACCGCGGCCACCGGCCAUGGGUGCUACCUCAGCAUCCUCAGGGAUAGGCGCUGGGCGCUACGAGUCGGUUGGAAUCUGA